CUACCAAAAGAAAUUUGUAAGAGUGGCUUGUUUAACUGGGAGAAGGCAGAGCAACUUAGAAAGGCAUUGUUUCCUUGGCCGUUCAGCAAGAGAAUGGAAGAUAUGAAAACAAAUCUACUGUGACACAACUUGCAAUUCUUGUUAGAAAGGGUGAAAGGAUAUAAGGAAGAGGGAGUGGAAAAAAAAUCUAGGGCGGAAGUGGAGACACAGUACAAACUACAACUAGAAGGCAAUUACUUUUUUUCUUACUUUCUUACUUUCAACAUUGGAUUGCACUUUCAUUAACACCUGCAUUCUUGACAACUUGAAGCAAAGACUGGGGAAAGCAGAGGAGCCACUAUGAAAACAAAGGGGGGUCCCCUCCUUAUUAUCAGUGCAGUGGUCGUGGCUGUUCAUGCGGUUUCAGUAUCAGCAUCUUCAAAAGCAGUUCAAGUGAAUAAAGGAAACAAUGUCACCCUACCAUGCAACUUUGAAAGUACUGCCGCAGAAGCAAAAGUCUCUUGGUGGGGAAAGCCCUCGGGAAGUAACCGUAUGGAAGAACUUGCUAGGAAGUGGUUUGAUGGUACUGAAAACUUUGCGCCAGCUUACCAACGUCGUGUAAGAUUCUCUAACGAUUUUGAAAAGGGUGAUGCUGGAAUCACCCUUGUUAAGGUGACCACAGAAGACAAUGGAACCUAUGAAUGCUUAGUCGAUAUAAGAAAUGUAUUCCCAUCAAAAAGUAUCGAAGUAGAACUUUUGGUCCUUGUGGAACCAUCCAAUCCAGUGUGUGAAAUUAUUGGGAAACCAGAAUACGGUCAAAAUAUUAAUCUGACUUGCAAUUCUGUCGAAGGAUUCCCGGAACCUAAAUAUACCUGGCAAAGUUAUGAUAUACAGAACCAAAGCCGGCCACUUGAAGGAAUAGCUGUAGGAGGAAUGCUAAUGCUGAAAAAUGUUUCUGUAAACACCAACGGAUACUAUAUCUGCCUUUCCCAAAACGUUAUUGGACAGAACAAAUGCAAUAUCACAGUUGCUGUUCGACCUCCAUCCAUGAACAUUGCUCUUUAUGCUGGAAUCAUUGGUGGGAUCCUUGCUGCUGUCAUUAUCAUAAGUGUUUUGGUUUAUUGUUGUUGCUGUAAGAAAUCAAAGAAUAAGGAUUAUGAGGCAACGGAGACAGAAAAUACAUUCCAACCUAAACAUGAGGCUGUUCGAAUCCGAGGACCUUCCAGAGAAGACAUUGGAGAUGAAGACGAAGGAAGGCCAGAAAUGUGAUUUGUGUUUCAGUUGUCUAGAAGCCAACACUUCCACAACUUUCUUUCCAUAAGAAAGAAAGAAAAAAAAUUGAUUUAUAAUCAAUAUUACUUGUUAUUCAACAAAUAGGACUUUAAUAUAUGCAUUGUGAGUGGGAUGAAAUAGAGGAUGAAUAUCUAUGUAAAAGAUACAGGAGGAGGAGGCACAAAACUGAGUAAGAUAUUCUGAAAUAAAGAUUCAGAUUUACUUCAGAUCCUGGAUCCUUCCAGGAUCCUUCUCAACUGCUUGCUAGAAAGAAAAGAAAAAACCCUUGGGAAGUGUUAUCUUGAUUUUAUGCAAAUUUUGAAUGCAGCAGAUGAUAAUUCUUCAACAUUGACCUUUUCUGCUGCAUUUGGAAAACAGAAGCAAAAUUAAACACAUCUCAGUUUCAAUGGAGUACUUUUAGUAUUGUAAGACAAAUAUAUAAAAUCUAUGACUUCAGCCAUUCAGCAUCUAUGCGCUGGAUACUUAGUAAUCAUUUGGCAGACAGGGUACAGAUCAUACUAAAGCUAUUAAGACUAUGCUUGUUCUCCUACUACUCCAGUGAUGGCAUAUAUAUUUAGAAAGAUGUUGAUUUUCCCUGAAUUGUAUAUAUUACUCUUGCUAUAUUUCACUAUCACUAUCACAGGCUUCAAUUGAGCAAUAUGUGCUCCCAUUGUGCCUCCAACUGCCUUCAUUAUUUUGCUUCUGGGUUUUUAUUUAAAUAAAUUUAAAUAAUUAUUUAAAUAAAUUUCUAUUAGGUUUUUCAUCCUUUUUGCUAGCACUGCAUCAGAACCAGUGCAAUUAUGCUGCUAACAAUGAUUUUAUAUUAAAAAAAGGAAAAGAAACAUGAUUGCAGCUGGCUACAGCUUUGUAUAUAUGGUCUAUUAAUAAUUUUUAUUCUAAAAAUUUGCUAUAUUUUGUAAGUUGAUUUUUUUUUACUUAAAAAAAUGUUUCAACACUAGUAAGCACUGUUAGUCACAGAUCAGCCACAUGGGAAUAGAAUGCCUUGCCUAAUUAUUGCAUCAUUAUCAUUACUUUGUUAGAAUGUAGGAUUUAGUGAAUGUUUAGUAGUAUUUAGUGAAUAGAGUGGUUUCCGAAAUUGGGUAUGUCUGGUUUAGUGAAAAGAGGGACUAGGGAUAACAUGAUAGCAGUGUUUGAAUAUUUAAAGGGUUGCCACAAGUAAAAGAAGGAGUCAACCUAUUCUCCAAAGCACCUGAAAGCAGGACAAGAAGCAAUGGAUGGAAAGAACCAACCUAGAACUACAAAUUUCCUGGCAGUUAUAACAAUUAAAUCAGUGGGAUGACUCAGGGGUGAAAUGCUACCAGUUCAGUCCGGUUCGCCCGAACCGGUAGUAAAAAAUGCUACUGAUUCACCAAACUGGUAGUAAAAAAUGUUAAAAGAUGUUCGGACGAUCAGCUGAGUGACCCGCGAUUGUCAGAACUUUUUUUUUUAAGGCAUUUUUUUUACUACCGGCUUGGGUGAAUAGGUAGUAAAAAAUGCUUUUAAAAAGUAAAAAAAAGGCUCCGAUGAUCACAGCUGUGGUGUGCGAUCGUCGGAGCACGUUUUUUUACGGGGGUGGGGGUGGCAGUGGGAAGAGUUCAUUUUUGCUGCCAGCAGGCUUCCCUGAAGCCUGCUAGGCAAGAAAUGGGGUGAGGGGUGGACAGUGUGUUUUUGCUCUCAGCAAGCCUGAAGCCUGCUAGGCAAAAAAAGGGGGUGGUGGUGGUGAGGGACUUUUUUGCUCCCAGCAGGCUUCCCUGAAGCCUGUUAGGCAAAAAAUGAGAGGGAGGGGCUUUUUUUGCUCCCAGCAGGCUUCCCUGAAGGCUGCUAGGCAAAAAAUGGGGGGUGUAGGAAAGAAAGAAAGAAAGAAAGAAAGAAAGAAAGAAAGAAAGAAAGAAAGAAAGAAAGAAAGAAAGAGGGAGGGAGGGAAAAAGGAGAGGAAGGAAAGGCUACAAAUCUGGUACUAGACGCAGCUUCAGAGGAUAAUCCAGGGCUGGAAGGGACCUGGAGGUCAUCUAGUCGAACCCUGCUCCAGCAGGACAUUGUUAGUGAGUUUCUGUCUUUUGAUCCCCCAGUCACAUAAUUACAUAGCCACGCCCACCCAGUCACAUGACCCCACCAAGCCAUGCCCACCAAGCCAUGCUCACAGAACUGAUAGGAAAGAAAUUUAGAUUUUACCACUGGAAUGACUCCAUAACUUGUGAGUGCUCCAACUUGUGAGUUUUUAAAGAAGGCAUGGGACAAUAAUUUGUCUGAAGUGGUGUAGGUUUUCCUGCUUGAAUGGGUUGGACUAGAAGACUUCCAAGGUCCCCUCCAACUCAGAAUAACAAUUAUUCUGUUAUUUUUUUAUGGUCCUAAAUCCCACACUAUGAAAACAUGUAUGUUCAUCAGUGAUACUAUGUCAAAUAUUACAAAAUAUCUAAAAAUGUACACAAUCUUUCAGAAUUUGUAUUCAAAUUGUAUUUGAAUGUUUCAUUCCGUUUUUAUUUGGCUUGUUUUGAACCGAAAUACAAUUAAAAUAAUUUUGUAAGCCAA